AUGGAUUUUUCAAUACCGCCAAAUCUACCGCUAGAUAUACAAAAUAAAUUAAAUGAACUGAUACAGGACUAUAAAGAUGAAAAUCUGACGGUAAAAGGUUACGAAACUAAGAGGAAAUUGCUUUUAGAAAACCAUAAGGUACAUACGACAAACCCAUUUUUUUCCCAUAAUUCGAUUAAUUCCUCUAUGACCAUGAGUCAUAAAUCAAAUGUAAUGCAUAUUCCAGGAAGAAAUCAAAGUCUAUAUUUAAACAAUGUUGCUGCUGACAGUACGUCUACCAUGUCAUCGCCAGUGAGUAAACGUGAAAGUAUAGCAGAAAUGCAACACUCCAUCUAUCGAGUUACGACAAUUAAUUCAAACUCAGGUUUCUCAACGCCAAGAAGAUACAAAAGAAAGUCAUCAUCCAUUCAAUUGUCAUUACCAUUCAAUAGCAGCCAGUACAAUUCCAGCGAUGGAUCAGAGGAAUCAAACCAUGUUGUCUACGACCCUAUGUUUCCAUUAUUGCCACGUCCCCUAGAGGAGAAGAAGAGCAAUGGUCCAAUAGGAUCUUUGCCUCUCAUUGUGCGGGGUAGAUUUGAGCAUUAUGGUAGUGAGAAUGCUAUGAUUAGUGUAAAUAGUAAGGGGAAAGAAACAUUCAUUUCUUGGGAUAAACUUUAUUUGAGAGCUGAAAAGGUUGCUAACGAAUUGACUAAACAUAAACUUUAUAGGAUGGAUAAAGUUCUACUUUGGUAUAAUAAGGAGGAAAUUAUUGAAUUCACAGUUGCGUUGUUGGGAUGUUUUAUAGCAGGUAUGGUGGCUGUUCCUAUAUCGUUCGAAUCUUAUUCACUUGGCGAAAUUAUAGAGAUUAUAAAAUUGACUAAUUCAAAAUUCAUUCUACUAUCAAAUGAAUGCCAUAAACAAUUGGAUAACUUGCACUCAACAUCAAAUAAUACGAAAAUAAAACUAAUAAAAAAUGAAUUCUUUCAACAAAUUACGUUUCUAAAGACAGACGAUUUGGGCACAUAUUCUAAAGCUAAAAAAUCUACACCGACCUUUGAUAUCCCAAACGUUUCCUACAUUGAGUUCACAAGAACACCGUUGGGAAGACUUUCUGGUGUUGUUAUGAAGCAUAAAAUAUUAAUAAAUCAAUUUGUGAUAUUGUCGGAUAUUCUGGAUUCUAGGUCAAUGCCACAUUGGAAAAAGAAAAAUAUAAGAAGACCUUUUGAUAAAAAGAUACCACAGCAGACAUCAUAUACUGGACUGGCAUCCAGAUUUGUCAUACUGAAUACACUGGAUCCAACACGAUCGACAGGUCUUAUAUUUGGUGUUCUCUUCAACAUAUUUUCUGGUAAUUUGCUAAUCUCUGUAGAUACCGCCCUUAUUGAGAAACCUGGUGGAUAUGAAAACUUAGUUGCCAAGUAUAGAGCCGAUAUUUUAUUGAAUGAUCAAUUGCAAUUAAAACAGAUAGUUAUUAAUUUCUUAGAAAAUCCUGAAUUAGCGAUUUCAAAGAAAAAACAAAAAGUGGAUUUCAGUUGUAUUAAAUGCUGUCUCACAUCGUGUACCACUAUUGAUACAGAGGUUACAGAGAUGGUCGUCCAUAAAUGGUUGAAAAAUCUUGGAUGUAUAGAUGCGCCCCUAUGUUAUUCACCAAUGCUCACGUUGUUAGAUUUCGGAGGGAUAUUCAUCUCUACAAGAGAUCAAUUGGGCCAUUUAGAGAACUUCCCAAUCCAUGACUCAAAGUUACGGUUACAAGAUCAGGUAUUUGUUAAUAAAGAAAAACUAAAGAGCAAUAUUGUAGAAUCAAGUAUAACUGCGAUGAUUAAUUCAUCGAGCUCGUUUAAAGAUUACCUUAAACUAGAAACAUUUGGUUUUCCAAUCCCAGGAAUGACAUUAUGUGUAGUUAAUCCAGACGAUAAUACUUUGGUUCCUGACUUAAGUGUCGGUGAAAUUUGGAUUUCUUCAAACUUUGUCACAGACGAAUUUUAUCAAAUGGAUAAAGUUAAUGAUUUUGUUUUUAAAGCAAAGCUAAACUACCCCAAAAUGUUUUCAUUCCUGUCACAAAGUAACGAGCUCCCAGAGCGUUCGUCAUCAUCCAAUAUUUCCAAAAUAUCUGAAAAGUUGGAUACAGUUUUAACAGUAUGCCCAGCUAACACGCCAUUUUUAAGAACUAAAUUGAUGGGAUUCGUUUAUAAUGGGAAAAUAUAUGUUCUUUCUUUGAUUGAGGAUAUGUUUUUACAAAAUAAACUAGUACGUUUGCCCAAUUGGUCACACACUUCUGAUCUUUCAAAAGUGAAAAAAGUGCAUAAACACACACACUCAAGUGGGAAAAAUUCCAUUUCAUCUAGGGCAUCAACAAUAAAAGAUGACUCCACUGCCAAGGAGUUAACAACAGUUGGGUCAAAACGUCAAGUUCAAACCCAUUAUCUGCAACAAAUCACUGAAACUGUCGUGAGGACAGUCAACACAGUAUUUGAAGUUUCAGCAUUUGAAAUAAAUGAAAAUAAGGAUGAACAUUUCCUUGUCAUGGUGGUUGAGAGUUCAUUGGCUAAGUCUAAGGAAUCCAUGACCUCUCCAGAUGGUGUAUUAAUAUCCAUGACGGAUAGACAGAAGGCUCAGUUUGAGAAAAGUAUGAAUGAUCUAACAGAUCAAAUAUAUCGAAUUCUCUGGAUUUUCCAUAAGAUACAACCAAUGUGCAUUGUUGUUGUUCCAAAAGAUUCUUUACCCAGACGAUACUGUUCGUUAGAACUCGCAAAUAGUACAGUGGAGAAAAAGUUCUUAAAUGGAGAACUGCAAUCAAAAUUUGUUAAGUUCCAAUUUGAUAACAUCAUUCUUGAUUUUGUGCCUCAUUCAGGGUAUUAUAACGAAAGUAUCUUCUCAGAGCAUUUAUCAAAUUUGAGAAGAACAUGCUUAGGUGAUAUUAUUAAGGCAAAGGAUCCAAAUAUUGAUAUGAAAUCGAUGUGGCAAACAUCUGGGAUUGAUUACAGGGAUACUUCCUUGGAUGUUAAAGAUAGAACUAAAAAAUUAACAGACUUUAAAACCAUAUUGGAAAUUUUAGAAUGGAGGAUUGCAAAUAAUGGGAAUGAAGCCGCCUUCACGGAUGGGGGUAAUUCAACGUAUGCCAAUUCGAAUAAUAAUGAAAAUAAUUUUCACUCAAAGGUCUCUUGGAAGAGCUUUGGCCACAUUGUGGGGUCGUUCUUGAAAAAGAUUGUUGGUUCUAAAGUGCCCCUCUCACCUAAUGAUAGAGUGAUUAUUAUGUGUGAUAAUUCCGUUGAAUAUGUCGCCAUUGUGAUGGCUUGUUUUUAUUGUAACUUUGUCAUUAUACCUCUUCCAAUAUUUGAUGAAAAUAAUGUUGGAGAUGAGUUCCAAUUUUUAACAACAAUUAUCAAGAGCUACAAAGUCAAAAGGAUUUUUGUGGAUGCAAGAACUCAUAACUUGUUAGAUAAUCAUCCGGCAACAAAUAAAAUAUACAAACGCUAUAAGGCACUAAUACCCAAAAUUACGGUGUUUUCGAAAAUUAAGAUAAAGAGUGAUUUGACUAUUAGAAUUUUCAAGAAUACUUUGCUGAAGAGGUUUUCGUAUAGACCAGGCGUAAAAUCAAAUACCAGUCCUUGCGUUGUCUGGGUUAAUCAAAAAUAUGAUACUUUGAGCAACAUACAUGUCACGAUGACGCAUCAUAUUCUAAUGAAUUCUUGUAAAAUUCUGAAAGAGACGUUGCAGUUAUCCAACGACUCCUCGCUGUUCUCUGUUUGUUCACAUACAUUUGGUAUUGGAUUUUUAAACAGUUGUUUACUGGGCAUUUACGUAGGAUCCACAACCAGUUUAUUUGCCCUCUCUGAUGUGACCGCAGAACCAAGGGACUUCCUUUUCGGGUUACAAAAUCUUCCUGUUAAGGACCUAUUUCUUGAACUAAAUACCUUCCGAAUGUUAAUGGAGAAGGCUUCAAUGGUAUUAAAAUCAAGCGCCCAAUCGAGGGGAACUAAGUCUAGUUCUAAGGAUUCAGGAAAAAAUUCAUCUAAGUCGUCAAUUCUUAGAGCAGACUUUAUGAGGAAUAUUCAAAACCUAAUGAUACCCUUCUCAACUAGACCUGACACCGUGACUGUUGAAAAUUUGUUGAGGAAAUAUGAUUCAAUUUUGAUAACAUCAACCCAAAUAAAUUAUGUCUAUGAGCAUCACUUUAACGCUCUGAUAUCAUUACGAUCAUAUUUGGAUAUUCCGCCUGUGGACUUAUAUCUUGAUGCAGUUUCAUUGCGUGAAGGUAUCGUUAAAGAGGUUGACCCGUCGAUAACAAAUGAAACAGAAUAUAUUAGAAUACAGGAUUCAGGUACUGUGCCAGUCUGUACAGAUGUCUCUAUAACCAAUCCAGAAACAUUGCUCCCCUGUUUUGAUGGUGAAUUCGGUGAAAUCUGGUGCUGUUCUGAAGGGAACGUUUUUGAUUAUUAUAUAUCAGACGGAGAUAAGAAAUUAUUGAAAGACCCUUUUAUCACUCAACAGUUCAAAAGUAAAUUUGACAAGAAAGUUGAUAAUGGUUUAACAUAUUUAAGAACUGGAGAUUUAGGGUUUAUUAAAAAUGUCACCUGCAAAAACUCGGAAGGAACACCUAUCAAUUUGAAUCUUCUAUUUGUUUUGGGAUCCAUUAAUGAAACCAUUGAAGUUCUAGGGCUCACACAUUUUGUUUCAGAUUUAGAGAGAACUGUGAAGGCAACACAUGGUAGCAUUAUAAAUUGCAUAAUUUCCAAAGCAGGAGGAUUACUUGUUUGUUUGGUUCAAUGUUCAGAUAGUGUACAAGGGAAACUAGGAAACAUAACGUCAUUAAUCGUGUCUGGAUUAUUAAAUGUUCAUGGUAUUGUUCUGGAUCUUUGUACGUUCGUAAAAAUGAAAACGUCAAGAAGAUAUAAUGUUAGUGAUUGGGCAAAUAAUCGUACUACGGUGAUGGAAGAUUGGUUUUCUCAAGAACUUGAAAUUGAAGAACAGUAUGGGAUUAAUUACGGUGAAAAUAUUUCAAUAUACCUUCUUUCGGACUUUGAAAAGGGGAAUUAA